UUAAGGGGUUUUGUGGAGAGUCGGGGAGGGGGGCAUCGGCAGCGCAGGAAGGAGGAUUGUGGAAGGGCUUCCAGCAGGGACGGGCCGAGUAGCUGGCAGCGGAGUUGCUGAGGGAGUUUUCAAACGGGGGUUGCGUCAAAGGAGGCCUACUGAGCGCGGGCGAGGCGGCGGGGGCAGGAACUGUGGCGAGGGGCCGAAAGAGGGUGGCGGGCAACAGCAGCCCCGGAGCGCAGCGGGGAGACUGAGGAGAAGAAGCGGGCUCGGCAAGGCGCCUGCAGAGGCGGCGGGGUGUGUGUGUGGGGGGGGGGGGAGGUUUUCUCCUCUUUCCUGCCCCCUCCCCGCGGAGCUUCGCAGCCCGCCGUUGACCAGACUGAGUUUCGCCCGCUCCUCUCUCCCGGCGGUGCCUGCCGCCACCGCCGCCGCCCUGCCUCCCCAUGUCUCUGCCUGUGGUGCUGCCGGGCUCUUGCUGCCCUAUGGCCGGGCUGUCGGCGGUGCCCGAGGCGGCCAGAUCUGGCGCUGUGGCAGCCGCUGCCGCUGCCCGGGACCCGUCGUUGCCGCCGCCUCUGCGGCCCCGCUGGUCCCACUCCGGCUUGCAGCCGCCGCGGCCUCGCCCAGCCGCGCUCUCCCCUGUGGCCUCCCGCCGAGCCGGGUCGUCUGUCACUGCGGGGCCGGGGCUGCUGCUGGCCAGACCGCUGCUGUCCCUGGGGCUGCUGCAGCUGAUUUUGGGUUGCUGCAUGGUGGCCCUGAGUUUCGGGGCGCUGUCCCUCAGCGGCUCCCCGGAGGUGAAGAACGCCUGCCCCUUCUGGGCUGGCUCCUCGGUGAUUUUAUCAGGGAUUAUAGGAUUAACAACAUGGAAGAGACCAAUGAUACUUUUGGUUAAUUUAUUUGUUUUGCUUUCUGUUAUCUGUGUUCUCUUGAACCUGGCGGGAUUUAUCCUUGGAUGUCAAGGCGCUCAGUUUGUAUCCAGUGUACCUAGAUGCAUUCUGGCUGAUUUGGGUGAAAGUAAAUUUUGUUUCUGCUGUGAAGAAUUUCUGCCAGUAAAAUGCACAGAGAAAGAAAAUGCAUUGAAGCUGUAUCCUGUCCAGUCAUGCAGUGCUGUUCACCUUCUACUCAAGAAAGUUCUCUUUGCUCUCUGUGCUCUGAAUGCCUUGACCACAACGGUGUGUUUAGUUGCAGCUGCCCUACGUUACCUGCAGAUAUUUGCAACGAGAAGAACCAGCUCAGAAGAACCCCAAGUUUCUGUUGAGGAAGUUGAAGAACAAAGCCACAUUUCUGAUCCUGAGGAUUUUGUGCCACCUGUACCACCUCCAUCAUAUUUUGCUACAUUUUACUCUUGUACUCCUAGGAUGAAUGGCAGGAUGUUGGGUUCAGACAUCAUUCCACUACCACAUAUUUAUGGAGCCAGAAUUAAAGGGGUUGAGAUUUUCUGCCCCUUUGAUCCCCCGCCUCCUUAUGAAGCUGUGGUGAGCCAGAUCAGUCAUGAGCAGGAAGGCAGAUUUCAAAUUACAGAAAUGGUUAGUGGCCCAUCAGGACAAAAUGAUGUACAAGUACCCCAAGAUGAAGAUGUUCUCCGUUCUAGGGAGACCAACAUACAUCCAAAUCUGAGUUCAGCAUCUGCAGAAACCUGUAAGAGACCCCUCAAGCUUCUUCGAAAACGAUCCAACAGCGAUCCUGUGCUGCGUGGCUUGCCAGCCAGAGGUCCUGUGCUAAGCUGUGAAGCUGCCACUCAAACAGAAUUAAAGUCAGACCUGGCUACUGUUGUUUUGCGGAAGAGUCUGAGAGCAAAGGCUGUGCGCUCGAGGCCUCGAUCUUUGAUAGACUACAAAUCUUACAUAGACACUAAACUGCUUGUGGCAAAGUUCCUUGAACAGUCUUCCUGCAGCAUGACCCCAGAUGUACAUGAACUAGUGGAAGAUAUAAAGUCAGUUUUAAAGUCAGAUGAAGAGCACAUGGAGGAAGCCAUCACCAGUGCCAGCUUUCUUGAACAGGUAAUGACACCUGCUUAUCCAUCUACAUCAAGAGCACAUACUUUGCCUUCCAGAAGGCACCCAGGACUCCUGCACUUGCAGAGCUGUGGAGAUGUGAGUACCUUCACUGCAGCAGAAUUUCCGCUGCUAGAGAGGAGAACUCCAAGGACCGAGCAUGAACGGCCUCAUAGUCUCAUCGGAGUUGUACGGGAAACAGUGCUCUGAGCAUGUAUAUUUGAAAUGAACAGACCAGGAAUAUUGUUUGUGAAAAUGCAAGUUGAUGGGAGAGCAAUGUGUGCUUUCUACUUAGUGCUGCUUUUGGAAACAGUACUUGAAACUGUGGGAGGAACUCUAGAGAAAACCACUAUAUUUGGCUUUGAAGCUGUUGUCUUAAAACAGCGAUAUGCAAGUGCAAUUUGUAUAUUUGAUGUGCAUUUCUUACUGUGGGAAAGAAAUAAGGUUGUAUGCACAAUAAUCUGUGUGGAAGCAAUUCAUUCUACUUUUUGUAUAUUAUACAGCAAGUGCUAUACACCUCAAGCGUCUGUGGUUUCACUUUUAGUGAAUAUUUACAAAUCUAUUUUGGUCUCUUUGAGGGAAUAAAGGAUAGACUGAGCUUAUAUUUCUAACUUAAUACCAUGAAAAUGGAGACACUCCUCCCACCCCCAACAGUGGAAUGACCUUUCAUUUCUCAGUGGAAACUACCCUUUAAUGCACUGUGAACAGCAUUGCUGCAAAUGCAUGGAAUAUGGUAUAGCCUUGCAAGUACCUACAUAAGAAUGGAAACAGCAUAACAUAACAUGUUCACUGUGUUCUUCAGCUGUGACACAAGCCUGUCCUGGCUCUGCAACUGAAAUGAUAGACAUAUAUGACAGAGUACCAAAUGCUGGCUUAGUUAAGAGUUGCUUCCAUACCCACCUGUGCACCAGAAGGGGUGUUUUUUAUAAAUACCAUUUUUAAGUAUUGCAUGAGAAUCAACCACUUUAAUAGAGAAUUUUUAAAGAAAAAAAUUAAGUGCAAACUGUGGUUGGAAUUGGAGGGUUUCUUAGUGAGAGGCUAGCCAAUCACUGUGAUACAUAGCUGCUUCAUACCUGUUUUUUUUCAGAGCUGAAACUUGAAGAUGAAAGGUAGAUUUGGACUGAAUGCAAGGAGAAUGCUUUCAGAGCAGUCACGUUACUCUAAAAAUGUUUGUCUUGUCACCCUCUGAAAAAUGUAAUGGCCAAUAUGAAAGUUUUGUGAGUUGGAACUAAAUUUUAGAAAAAUAACUCAAAAUGGUGUUAAGAGUAUCUUCCUAUGUGUAUGAGAGUGUAAAUUCUCAUAAUCAUUUCAAGGGAAUGGUUUAUUGGGAUGCCUGUUUGCAAAUAUGAAACUGUUCCUCUAGUAUUAAAAACCCUCUAAAACUGGCAGGGAAAAUGGUAAAUAUGUGUUUUAAAAAGUUUUUUUAAAGCACUGCUUCGAUUGUGGCAGUAGUUUGGUCUCAUUUGUUAGUCUUUUGCUGCCUUUACUCUGUUACAAAUUUGUAAUUGAUUACAUUAUUUUAGAACUA